AUGAGCCUUGAAGGCGGCUCAGUCGGAUAUGCGAAGCUAUCGCGUGGUGUGAUGGAUGUGGUGCAUGCAUGUGAGCCGAUCAUCCCGACUUACACGAAGUGGGUCGUAGCCAUUGAUGACAUCAACCUCAAGUACACCGUUCUCACGAUUGACGAUGGAAGUGGCUCAAAUAUUGAGCUCAAGAUUGUGAGAGAGCAGUCCGCUGAACGAAACGCGUUGAGUUCUUCGUCAAGAACCACGCUCGAGAACGUGAACGUCAUUAGCCAACUUGGUGUCUUCGAAGUUAUGGUGGACAGCCAGAGCUUAGAGAUCGGGACAGUUGUAAAAGCAAAGGGCACGAUAUCCGAAUUUCGAGGCAUCAAACAAUUGGACCUCAAAAGGAUCUGGGUAGUCACCACAACAGACGAAGAAGCGCAGGCUUGGGCCGAGACUGCUGCAUACAAGCGAGAGAUCUUGUCGAAACCGUGGCACUUGACCACCACAGAACACAGACAAAUCAAGGCUAAGAUGAAGUCGGACAAAACGAAAUUGCAAGAGUACGAGAAACGCAAGGCUGAACACGAGGCCAAGAAAUUGGAGCAAAGGCAGGCACGCGAAGUGUAUCUGGCGCAAAGAGAAAAGAGAUUGGAGAUGCGAAGGCGUAAGGAGGAGGUGAUGAUGAACGCUGGAGCGCUCUUUUAG